AUGGUCUAUUUUUACCAAUCGCAACCAGAGGGCUCCUUGAGGUCGUACCAAGUUGUAACAGGAAAGGACAAAUUUGAGAAUGAUCUUCUCAUAAAAUGGGGUUACCGCGAACUGGGCUACGUUUGGUUUCAUGUUGAUAAUUAUUCAAGCGGCCACAUAUACCUGAAAUUGUUUGCAGAUGAGAAAUCAAUCGCAGACGUACCGCAGGAGGUUGUGAAUGACUGCUUGCAGCUAUGCAAAUCAGAAUCUAUUCAAGGAAAUAAGAUGAGCCAUUGUACCAUUUUAUGUACGCCAUGGCAUAAUCUUCGGAAGAGUAAGGAUUUUAAACCAGGGGAGGUUUCUUUCAAAUCCUUACAAAGAUGCCAGAAAUUAGUCUGCCAUGGCAGAGACCAAAAAUUACUGAAUCGUUUGGCCAAAACGAGGGUGGAGCUUUUCGAGGAUGUUGAAGAAACGUUACAUCGUGCAAAAAAAACUAAAGACGGAGAUUUCUUUCUUAACUAUAUCCAAGUUAUGAAAGAGAGGCUACUGGAAGAAGAAAAGGAGCGCAAAAGGCUUAAGAAGCUUUCAAAAAAGCGAGAAAUUUCAAGGGAGAACAUUCAUCAAGAUGUAUAA